AUGGUAAAUUUGAAAAUUUUCUUUUUUGUUUCGUACUUUUAUUCGUUCAAUUGCGGUUAUUCUAUGCGAAAGGAAACUGUUAUUUUGGUCUCCUUUGACGGGUUUCGGUGGGACUACUUAGACAUGAAUCGAACUGCCACGAAGAAUUUCUCCUCUAUCAUGAAACAAGGGGUACGGGCUGAAUAUGUUAGGAACGUGUUUCCAACGGUAACUUUUCCCAAUCACUACACUAUCGUCACAGGGCUUUACCCUGAAAGCCACGGAAUAAUAUCGAACUCGUUUUACGACGCGAUUGCAAACACAUCUUUUGACAUGAACACGAACAGUUCCGAAUGGUGGGACAAAUUUGCCGAACCUCUUUGGGUGACAAGCGAAAAACAAGGACAUAGAAGUGGUAUGUGUUUUUGGCCAGGCUAUGAUGUGGAAUACAAAGGCCAAAAACCGUCUUUUACCACGAGUGAAUUUGGAUUUGGAAGACCUUUUGCCCCUCGUGAAAACGAAACGAUUUCUCCUUGGAAGUGGCGUGUUGAUUUGGUUUUAAAAUGGUUGAAAGAUCCAGACCCACCGUCCUUUAUCACUUUAUACUUUGAGGAACCGGACGAAGCUGGCCAUUGCUGUGGCCCAGACUCGGUAAAUGUUACAGAAGAGAUUGGAAGAGACGACGAAAUUACGGGUUAUCUCUUGCAAGAAUUACACAAAGCAAAUUUAACGGAUGCAGUUAAUUUGAUAAUAACAGCUGAUCACGGCACUGCUAUGUACAAUUCAAGCACAGUCUUGAACUUGCAUGAAUUUUUACCUCCAGAUUAUUCCUUAUGGAUUCCAGGUUGGGCUUACUUUUCAUUCAAUACCACCAAUGUAACAGGAGCGUUUAAUAGUUUAAAGAAGGCAGAGAAACAGAAAUCGCAUUUUAAUGUAUACAGAAAAGAGGAACUUCCGGAAGAACUUCAUUUCAAACACAGUAGGUUUGUAGCUGAAAUUAAUGUCAUCUUGGAAGAAGGUUGGUUGGCAACAGUGGGACCCUUCAACCAUUCCCACAAGGUAGUCACAAAAGGAACUCAUGGCUGGCACCCAUCCUUACCAACCAUGCACCCUUUCUUCUUGGCACAAGGCCCAGCUUUCAAGCAAGAUUAUAAAAGUGGUCCUAUCGAGAUGGUUGACAUCUAUCCAUUGAUUUGCCAUUUACUAGGUAUAGAUCCUUUGCCAAACAAUGGCUCACUCAGUCGCAUUACACACUUGCUGAAAGUUGCGUCAAAUCCUUCACACUCAAAUGACCACAGGCUAACAACUGGAGAAGUUAUUGCCAUAGUUAUAGGUACAGCUAUUGCUUUGACAGUCUGCAUGUAUGCUGUUUUAAUGAUAAGAAGGGAUCGCCGACAUAUGGCUAGAGGUCACAGACAUGGUGAAGGUAACCAGCCGUUACUGUUUGGAGAUGAAGAUGAUGAAAAUAUGAUUUAA